AUGACCUACACACAUGACCUAUGCAAUCAAACCCGAUCGCGCUCGCUUGAAUUCGAUAGGCCCGGACGGAGCAGGCUCCGUCGCGUUGUUUCAACGAAGGGUUUCAGUCAGCACAUGGAUUCCUCAGAAUCUGUGCCCAGUGAGCACAGUUCUCUCUACGAUGCAGUGUUAGCCAGCUUUGAAUCAGAUGAUAGUCGGAGACAGCGUGAGCUGGAUCGCCAUUUAGAUGAAGCUGGUCCGUCGAACUAUGGGCCAACCAACUUCGUGGGGGAAAAUAUGGGCACAAUUAAUCAACGCCUAGUUUACUCACAUGGAAAAUGGCCUGGCAAGAAACUGGAGACCAUAGUUGAACAAAGGAGUGCAUCUACACUUAGGGGUUCACUGGCGCCGUCUGUUGGUGAUGUUGAUGGACCUGGCAAUAAUAGGCCAUUGACUACACAGGAGGCUUUAGUCAACCCGCCUGGUACAUGUGGUAGGAAGGUUUACUCCUUCGAUGACCUUGAUCUCCCAAAUCGCCGUCCAAGGGAUGGUGCCUCGCGUCUCCCUAAUCGAUCGUCUUCUUCUGGAGCGAGCUUCGAGUUGCGCGGUUUGUUUCCUCAUAUAUCUCCCGUCGAACCUACCCAACCGGUAUACCCUCCACCUGUUCGAUCCCCAACUCCGCCGGGUCUUCCGUCUUUUGGCUCACGGGAAGCAAUCCACUAUGCUCCGACCCAGUCCAACCGCUCCCGCCCUUCAAACCACUACACUCCGCUAUCACACAGAGGGCUACAGCAAGGUUUAGUAGCAGAGGGUGACGAGGAAGACGAUUUAUGUUGUGCUUCUGGAUUAAAGCGCCUAUUUGGCUUACCGUCUUGCAUGGGAGCUAGACCGCCUACUCUUCCUACGGGUGCGGUCGCGAGGGCUCAUGACGGUACAAUGGUUCGAGGUCGGUUUGGUCCCCGGCAAAGUGGACAUGGAGUCGGAGCAGGCCCAACGGCACGAGGACUGGAGAGCCACCCUUUCCACAGAAGCUCCUUACCAGCUGCCAGAGUCAAAGAUGGGUGCGAUUCUGCGCCAAACUCGGUCGUUGUGAGCCAACAAAAUACUCACAGCGCUUCCACUCCGUCACAGACUGGUUACUCCUCUCCACAGAUCAUGCCGCUAUCGUAUUCCUCGCUUCUACGGGCACGCACUGCGCCGCACAUAGUGCCGCCACGACGAUCUUGCACCAAUACCGGGAACUGUACACUGCUUAGUACUCCUUCUGUUCCUCUUCCAUCAUAUGUUGCUCAUCAAAGGCUUGAGUCUCCCCUGCCACGUCCUCCUGAAAUGAUACAUGCUUCCAAUAGCCCUAGCGGCUUAAAUGGUCCUGGUCCUGAAGGAGGGGAGAAUGAUGGUACAUCAGCUACGCUUACCCCAAGCCGACCCAAUCGCCCGCCCAUAGUUACAGGGCCGCGCCGUAGGCAAAGGAUUUCAAUGCAAACUGCUAUAAUUGAGGAUAACAAAGCUCCUGGCCUGUGGGAUUGGCUUUUAAUGGAUUGCUUCUUUGUCUGCUGCGGAUUAUUCGGCGGCAAGGAGCCUCCACUCAUUCGAAGCCAACGGGGCAACUUUGGUAUCGAUGGGCAAUGCUCUGCCCCGGAUCAAACUGCGGCAUCGGCAGCAGCAGCGGAUGGGCAAAUUCGCACCCCACUAAACCGUAUUCACGACCGUGAUCGCCAUCGCGAAAUAUCUUCUCCCACCCCAUGGACCCCUGCGUGGGGAUGGCAGCCUCGAUGCUUUGGUGGCGAUGCUACAUUGGAUGAAGAAACCGGUCUUGGUACCGCGAUUGAGUUGCGGUUGAUCCAAUCGACAUGGCCUCAAGAAACUGCUGCUGUAAAUUAG